AUUGGUCGACUAGUUUCUAAAGGAGCCAAUCAGUGCCGCCGGUCCGAUUAUAAAAUCCUCAAGGAGCAGCAGUGACUCAGAUUCUCCCAAGACUCAGAUGAUGGGAUCCAUGGCGCCUGGGACCCUCCUCCCGCUGCUCGCUGGAGCCCUGACCCUGACCGAGACCUGGGCGGGCUCGCACUCCAUGAGGCAUUUCUUCACUUCGGUGUCCCGGCCUGGCCUGGGAGAGCCGCGAUUCCUCGCCGUGGGCUACGUGGAUGACACGCAGUUCGCGCGCUUCGACAGCGACGCCGCGGCUGCGGGUAUGGAGCCUCGGGCGCCGUGGAUGCGGCAGGUGGAGCCUAGGUACUGGGACAUGCACAGGCAGAGAUUCGAAUGGGGCACACUGAGUUUCCGGGAGUACCUGAGCAACCUGCGCAUCUACUACAACCAGAGCGAGGAAGGGUCUCACACCAUCCAGGGGAUGUAUGGCUGCGAAGUGGGGCCAGACGGGCGCUUCCUCCGGGGAUACAGUAUCUUAGCCUACGACGGCGCCGACUACCUCGUCCUGAAUGAACACCUGCACUCCUGGACCGCGGUGGACACCAGGCCUAACAUCUGGAAGCCCGAGUGGGAUGGGAAGCAGUGCACGUCCUACCUGGAGGGCGCGUGUGUGGAGUGGCUCCGUGGGUUCCUGGAGAUGGGGAAGGAGACCCUGCAGCGCGUAGAUCCCCCCAAGACACAUGUGGCCCACCACCCCAUCUCUGACAAGGAGGCCACCCUGAGGUGCUGGGCCCUGGGCUUCUACCCUAAGGAGAUCUCGCUGACCUGGCAGCGGGAUGGAGAGGACCAGACCCAGGACACGGAGCUCGUGGAGACCAGGCCUGGGGGCGACGGAAGCUUCCAGAAGUGGGCGGCUGUGGUGGUGCCUUCUGGGGAGGAGCAGAGAUACACGUGCCGUGUGCAGCACGAGGGGCUGCCCGAGCCCCUCACCCUGAGAUGGGAGCCUCCUGCUCAGCCCACCACGCUCAGUGUGGGAGUAGUUGCUGGCCUGGUCCUCGGAGCUGUGGUCACAGCAGCUGUGGUUGCAUUUGUGAUGAGGAAGAGGAAGAGCUCAGUUAAUAAUGGAAGGAGGUAUGCUGAGUCUACAGACAGCAAGAAUUCCCAGGAUUCUCAUAUGUCUCUCACGGCUUCUACAGCCACAGCAUGAGACGUGCCUUGUGUGGCACUGCGUGACGCAAGCUUUGUUCAAGACCUCUCCUCCCGGAGCAUCCACUUUAAGAGUUCCUGACUUCUCCUUCUCAGCUUGCAUCUGAAUGUGUCUGUGUGAUGAUGCCAUGAAGUAGGAUGCUGGGAGGCUGGCCUUACAUGCCCACCAAGGCCUCCCCCACUCUGACCUGUAUUCUCUUCCCAACCAACUUCCUGUUCCAGCUACAUGGGGCUGGGAUGUCUCCAUCGUUUUAACCACGAACUGCAACAAUGGACUCCAACUUCUUACUUCCCUAUUGGGAGUAAGAGUCUGGAAAGAAAUAAUUUUUUAAAAUUCUUCCCUGAGAUUUUGAUUGUUUAAUUAGAGAAUAAUAAGAGCUUUCCAAUUUGAGAGGUGAAAUAAAUGGAAGGUGACCUGAGCACCUCUGGGAAUCCAUGUGUUUGCUAGGUUGAGUCUGUUACAGGCAGGGACAGAAACUGAGGACUUUCCAUGAGGGGCCCAGUGUUGUGCAGCCGGGCCCAGUUAUGCUCACUCCAUCGUGGGCUUUGAUAAUCGCUUUGUAGCUGGCUCCUGGUUUCAGCCUGUUCCAGCCAGCACUGUUGCUGCCAAUCAAGUAGUGAAGCAGUGAAUGGAAAAAUAUCUCUCUCCUCAUCUUUUUAAUAAAUGUUUAUUUAUUUAAAAAAUGA